AUGAAGGCUGAACAGAGCGUGAUCUUCUUCGGAGAUCAAACAGUGGAUACAUACUCACACAUCAGAUUGCUGUCUCACGCAGCCCGCAACUCACCGGCGCUCGCGCGUUUUCUUCGAUGUGCGGCCGAUAUCGUGCAACUGAAUCUACUGGACCUUCCUUCGGAGGAGAAGGGACCUUAUGCCGAUUUCGAAACCAUUCUCGAGCUCUCCGAGUUGUACCAUGCACAAACGCUGCCUUAUGAGACGAUUGCUACGGUUCUAUGGGUGGUUUCGCAGGUCGGAGAUCUUAUUAUCCAGGCUGAGGGCGAUCCGUCGCUCCUUGAGAAGAGAGAUCAUCCAGUCCUUGUUAUUGGGCUUUGUACAGGCAUGUUGUCAGCAGCAACAUUCGCAGCGGCUCGAGAUAUAAAUGAUCUCGUCCGACUUGGCCAGGAGAUUAUUGGCGUUGCUUUCCGUGUGGGGUUGGCACAAUGGCGACGAGCCGUUGAGAUCGAAAGGAACCCUGGACGAUGGGGGGUAGCUGUGAUCAACGUGCCACCGAAGCAGCUUCAGACGAUCAUUGAUGGAUUCAACGGGGAUAUGGUGGGAAUGCUGAUGGCCGAGUUGUUUGACCUACAGGCAAUUCCACGUCACCGGCAUAUAUAUAUCUCCUUUGUGGCACACAACUGGGCCGUCUUAUCCGGACCCCCCUCCUUAUUCCCCGAACUAUGGUCAUAUUCUCCAACACUUCAAUCUACACCUAAGAAGAAUCUGGAACUGGGAACGCCUGCUCAUGCUGCUCAUCUUCAGCCCCUGGAUGUUGACGCUAUUGCUAGUGUCGCCGAUAUGCGUCACAGUUCGAUACGCGAAAACACUCUGCUUCUCUCGACUAGCUCCUGUAAACCAUUUGAGUGUGGCACAUUUGGUGAUAUUCUCCGUCACUGUGUGAGGGAUAUAACCGGAGCGACCCUUGACUUUGCUGGUGUGAUCAACUAUUGCACAGCUACGCUGCAUCACGACACGCCUGUAAAGGUGGUACCACUCGGUCCGCCGAGCCAGGUUGCGGCAUUUCAUAAAGCGCUGGAGGGGAGUGGUUUCCGCGUAAGCAUCCGAGACCCUACGCCGCAGGUGAUCAGUACAGGUUUCAGGGACGGUUCGGAUCUCAUCGCUAUCGUGGGACAGUCUGCGCGGCUUCCCGGCAGCGAAGAUCUCGAUACUCUGUGGGAGAAUCUGCUGGCCAAAAAGACAUUUGAACAGAAGAUCCCCAAGAGUCGUUUUGACUUGGCGGUACACUACGAUGCUACUGGAGCUCGUAGGAGCACAGUCACAACGCAGUACGGGAAUUUUCUGGCAAACCCCGGCCUGUUCGAUAGUCGCCUCUUCCGUAUUUCUCCACGGGAAGCAAUGCAAAUGGAUCCUGUCCAGCGCCUUCUGAUGAUGUGCACGCACGAGGCGCUGCAAAUGGCCGGUUAUACCCCAGAUGCUUCACUGUCAACAAACCGGAUGAGAAUUGCCACUUAUUUCGGGCAGACUUCCGAUGACUGGCGUGAGGCAAACGCCAGCCAGAAUGUAGACAUAUAUUACAUUCCCGGCACCACCCGCUCUUUUGCUCCCGGACGGCUCAACUAUCACUACAAAUGGGGCGGUGGCCACUAUGUCGUGGACUCGGCCUGUGCCUCGAGCACGACCGCUAUUCUCAUGGCAUAUCGUGCGCUCCUUGCACGAGAAUGUGAUACGGCUGUCGCGGGCGGAGGGCAGCUCUUUACCUCGCCUGCUCCGUAUGCGGGCCUCAGCCGAGCCGGUUUUCUGUCAAAGACGCCCGGCGGAUGCAAGACGUUCCGUGAUGAUGCCGACGGCUACUGCCGCGGCGAGGGGGUUGGGGUUGUGGUUUUGAAACGACUGGAAGAUGCUCUCGCGGACAAUGACAAUAUCCUGGCUGUCGUUCGCGGCGGCGGGCGGAACUAUUCCUGCGACGCAUCAUCCAUCACUCAUCCCAGCGCCAGCGCCCAGAUCCGGCUGAUGCGCCACGUUCUGCGCACAUCAGGUGUUGAAGCCGAUGAGAUUGGCUUUGUCGAAAUGCACGGGACGGGAACCCAAGCUGGCGAUGCCGUCGAAAUGGAGAGCGUGCUUAACAUCUUCGGCACUCGACCUGCCGACAACCCGCUCUACGUCGGUUCUCUGAAAGCCAAUAUCGGUCACGGUGAGGCGGUGUCAGGCAUCGCGUCUCUCAUCAAGUGUGUAGAGACACUCCGGCGUGGUACAAUCCCUCCCCAGGCAGGAUUCCCAGGACCCCUAAACCCCAAGUUCUCCCAUAUAGACACCAUGAACAUCCGUAUUCCUACCCAACCAGUCAGCUUCAAGUUGACGGCCAACGGCAAGAGGACAAUUGCGAUAAAUAACUUCGAUGCGUCGGGCGGGAACAACUGCUUGCUGAUCGGGGAUCCCCCAAGCCGAGAUUCCGAAAGGACUGAGGAUCCACGGGGCUUUCAUACCGUUAUUGUCUCGGCGGCAACUUUGGCCUCGCUGAAGAAGAAUAUAGCUAAUCUUCUCGAGCACAUGGAGAAAUAUCCUGGCAUUCUCUUGGCUGAUCUGGCAUACACAACCACAGCAAGGCGGACUCACGAGGACCUGAAGAGAGCAUACUCCGUGUCGACAACUGCUGAGCUGCGGGGUCUGCUUGCCGCGGAUCUCGGCAAAGACUCUAUCAGUACUCCGAUAUCCAAAGCACCUUCGGUCGUCUUCACAUUUACCGGUCAAGGCUCGCAAUACGCGGGCAUGGGGAAAGAGCUGUUUGCAACCUCUAUUUGCUUCCGAAGGAGAGUCGUGGCCCUUCACGACCGGUGCGUCUGGCAUGGCUUCGAGCCGUUUAUCGACCUGAUCAUCGCCGAUGGGAGUGAGGCCAAUGCCGCGAGCCCCGUGCAGAUCCAACUCGCCAUAGUUGUCCUCGAAAUGGCGCUGGUCGACCUGUGGAGGUCGUGGGACGUUCGACCGAGCGCGGUGAUAGGAUACAGCCUGGGCGAGUACGUCGCCCUGUACGCUGCCGGAGUUCUGUCCGCCCAAGACACGCUGUUCUUGGUGGGCUACCGCGCAAAGAUGAUCAAAGAGAAAUGUGUCCCGCACUCCCACGCCAUGGUUGCGAUUCAAGCCACGCUGGAAGACACGAAGAAGCUGCUGGAAUCUGCAUCUGAUUGCGAGAUUGCCUGCAUCAGUGCUCCUCGGUCGACCGUUGUAAGCGGCUCGACAGGAGCCAUCGAAUCACUCAAGAACACGCUUCAGGCGAUGGGCACAAGGGUCAAAUACACUCAAUUGGAAGUCACGUACGGCUUCCAUAGUCCUCAGAUCGACCCCAUCCUGAGCGACCUGAGGGAACUGGCGGAAGGCGUGGUAUUCAACAAGCCUCGGAUCCCCGUCGCGUCUGCCCUGUUGGGGCGUAUCGUGGAGGAGGAAGGCAUCUUCACUCCAUCGUAUGCAAUGCGACAUGCACGUGAGGCUGUCAACUUCGUCGAUGCGCUGAACGCUUGCUGGUCAACUGGCUUGGCUGAUUCGCAGACCAUCUGGAUCGAGAUCGGUCCCAAGCCGGUUUUGACUGGGCUCGUGGGCUCGACGCUUUCCGUGGAGCGGAGUAAGCUCAUCUGCACAAUCAACGACAAGGAUAACAACUGGAAUUCUAUCUCGAAAGCUACAACUGGGGCAUUCAUGGCAGGGCUGCCGAUGAAUUGGGUCAAAUACCACCGUGACUUCAGCAAACACGUAAGACUGCUAGAGCUUCCCAGCUAUGCAUUCGAUCUCCAAGAAUACUGGAUAACAAACGAAACUCCGCCGUAUACAGGAAAGCAGUAUUCUACAUCGCCUAGUGCUCAUGUUCCAGGAGGGCCAGCAGUUCCUGGCUUUCCCACCAGCGCUGUGCAGAUGGUGCGGGCAGAGUCAUCGACUGGGAAUGAAAUAUCGGUGACAUUUGAAUCCGCUGUCGCCUCUCCCGCGUUGUUGGCUGCCAUUCACGGUCAUCGUAUAAAUGGGGUACCUCUCUGUCCAGCCAGCGUGUUUAUGGAUAUGGCAUACACAGUUGCAAAUUAUAUGCAGCACAGAUUCGCGACAAGCAGUUCCGCGCAGUUGCCAUCAGUGUCUCUUACAGACUUGAACAUUACUCGGCCCUUGAUCCCCAACCCUGACCAUGCUGUACAAAAAAUAAUCAUCCAGGCUACUAUGAAGACGGGAGACACCACAGUCCACGUCAGAUUCCACUCUGAGGGAGGCAUCGAUCAUCAUCACGAGUACGGAACGUGUAAGCUGCACUUUGAGGAUUCCAAGGCCUGGACAUCUGAAUGGUCCGAGGCCGAGUACUUCAUUAAUGUGGCGAAGGACAGUGUCCUGCAAAACAGCAUCUCCGGUCGUGGCCACCAUCUACAACAGUCGGUUGCCUACAAGCUCUUCGCAAAUCUGGUCACAUACAGUGACGACUUUCAGUCCAUGAAGGAGGUCUUUGUUCCCAAAAGUUUCUGUGGUGAUGCUGUGGCGAUGGUCCAGUUGAAGCCCAGCGCCGGAGACUUCACACUCAGCCCCUACUGGGCCGAUUCGCUGGUGCAUGUGGCAGGCUUCCUCCUGAACGGAAGGCCUGAGAUAGACAAUGGUCAAUUCUACAUUGCAAGCGGCUUGGGUGAAACUCGGGUCCUGAGAGAUAGGCUUCGCGCCGGAGGGUUGUAUACGAGUUUUGCGCAUGUUGAUGACAUUUCAGACAAAGGCGUCGCGCGUUGCCAAGUCUACGUCUUUGAGGGCAGCGAGAUUAUUGCUUCGUGCAAGAAUAUCAUGUUUCAGCGCAUGAGCCGGCGUGUAAUUGAAGUGAUUAUCGGAGGGAAGGGUCGGAGUUCGAGUCAAGCUCGCGGAAAGAGGGCCACUGAGAGCGCCGGUCACGCCCAUUUUCAGCCGCUAUAUGCUACCGAGCGAGAUCCCGUCACAUCCUCCCCCUCUUUUAACUCAAGCUCCUAUUCUUCCACUCUUUUAACGGCUCCCACAGAGCUCGGAGAGUCUCUGGCUCUUUCAGCCCCCAGGGCUAACCAUGAAAGCGUUGUUGAAAUCAUCCUUGCGAGAACAGGUUACGACGGGGCAGACGUAACGGAUUCUACAAAUCUGCUGGAAGUGGGUCUAGACUCACUCCUGACAAUCGAGAUUCUUAGCGAUAUUCAGAAAGCCUUGGGCUUAGACCUACCGGCAACAUUUUUCAUCCAAAACCAAACCCUUGGAGAAAUUCGCAAUGCGCUAGGAGCCCAAGCUCACUCGCCAAAUAUUCUCAUGGACGAUCCUACGGUUUUCAUCCAGGGUAGAGCGCUGAAAUCAGAGCAAGACAGUACACCCGACGAUUUUGUGGACAGCGGAGUCUUGGAUAUCGUUCUCGCCCAGACGGGGUUUGCUAGGGCCGAUGUGACCCCUUUUACUAGUUUUGCAGAUAUGGGUCUAGACUCAUUGUCUAUCAUUGAAGUCGUUGAGCUUGUGAGGCAAAAUUUCGACCUGGAUUUGCCGGCAAGCUUUUUCUUUGCCAACCCCACCGUAGCAGAUCUCGGGAAAGCACUAUCAGCUCCUCAUACAAAGUCCCCUGGACAAAACCCUCCUGGAAACAACGCGGGCAUAUCGGCAUUGAAGCCACCUUCACCUAGGCACAAUGCCUUACCAGAGAUAGAUCGACCCAUGAAGUCCCUGACAAGCUACAGCAGCAGGGUAGUACUGAUCCAGGGAAGUCGAAAGUCCAAAGGCAUUCCUCUUUUCCUCAUCGUCGAUGGUCUCGGAUCUGUAACCUCCUACCUGAACUUGCCGCCUCUAUUCGAGGGAGACAAUCCCGUGUUCGCUUGCGAAUCUCCUUUUAUUCUGGUUCCUGAGGAGUUCCACUGCAGCAUUGACGAGGCGUCCGACAUGUAUGCGGCCGCCAUCAGAAAGACCUGCCCACAUGGGCCGUACCUUAUCGGCGGUUGGUCGCUCGGCGCUCUGUACGCCUUUGAGACGGCGAAGCGCUUACGAGAUACGGGUGAGGUCGUGCAUGGACUGUUCCUACUGGACUUCAAGAUUUCUAUGUCUAUAGACACGAGCAUGCAGACGGAGCCCACGAUGGAAAUGGUCGAGAUGCUGGGCGUAACGAAUGGCCUAGACGUUCCCGCGAGAAAUUUCUGCUUGGAUCCAAUGCCCUGGCGAACCAAGGUACACUGUCUUCAGGCCAUGAGGUCUGUUGCUAAGCACAACGCUAAGCCGAUGGGUCCCAGCCAGCGACCUGUGAAGACCUUUGUGCUGUGGGCGGGUAUGGGCCUAGAAAACCUCCUGGGUUACAUUCCGCCAGGGAUCCAGGCCGUCAUGCGUAAGGAGCAGGAAGCCGCAGCAAACCAAGAGGCCAACAAGGCGUUUACCAUGCUUCUGUGGUUCUUCGGGAAGAGGAACGAGCAUGAGGGUCCAGAUGGGUGGGAUGCGGUAACGGGUGGCCCUGUUGAAUGCGUGACCCUUCCUUGCGAUCAUUUCUCUAUGGUCCAUAAAUCAUUUGCAACGACCACGGGUGCACAUCUAAAGCGCAUGAUCACGCAGUGCCUGUAA